GUCUGAAUGAAUGUUAGAGUAAAUACAAUUAUGUAUUUUAUUUGAUUUGGUCAUUUUUCAAACUAACCGGUUGAAAAACUCUUAUGUAUUCAAAAGAAAGAUAUGAAAUGGAUCUAAUUAUUCAACAUUUAACAUUCUUCACUAAUAAAAGUUUAAUCAUUUUUUCGUUUAUUAUUAUUAUUACAUCUUGUCAUUCAUUAUUGUAUACAGACAAAUUCAUAAAUAUUCCACUUGGUCGUUGUAAUUUAAAACAGUUCAAUAAAUUAAAUUCAGUAAAUUGUCCAAAUAAAUCAUGUAGUCAACAUAUUGAUUGUUGGGUUAGUUAUGGUCCAUCACAAAGAUGUGUUUGCGAUCCAAUCAAAUGUGGAUCAGUAUGCUUACCAGAAAAUGCUAAAUGUCCAGACCCCGCACCACUAUUAAACGGAAAUGUUAUAUUCAAUGAUACAGAUGUUGGAGACAUUGUGGAAUAUACAUGUAAACCAGGUUUAACUGUUCGAGGACAGCGUAAACGACAUUGUUUAGCAACGUUAAGUUGGAGUGGUGAGGCACCAACAUGCAGUAAUCAAACUGAAACUUGUUUUAGUCCACCGGCUAUCUUAAAUACACGAAUAAUUCAACCAAAUCAAAAUGUUCCAGAGAAGAUUCGUGAUGACUAUCGAUCAGGUGAAAAAGUGAGAAUUGAAUGUAUUCCUGGAUAUAUGGAUUCAGAGAGACAGUUUAUAGAAGCAUCAUGUGUUGGAACGGAAUGGAACUAUUCAGAACUGAAAUGUGAGAGAGUGUCAUGCGGUUUUAUAAAAGAGCCAGCUUACGGAUAUAUUCAAUACAAAUAUGAUCAGAGUUUUCAAUCAGAGGCAAUUAUCUCAUGUUCAGAAGGUUAUAGAGUACAUUGCGAUACUGGUUUGUUGUCACUGGAGAGUGGCUUAGGUUGUAGACGUAUUUGCUUAGAAAAUGGAUCAUGGUCGGGAGAAGAGGCAAUAUGUUCAGCCAUUACCUGUGCAGAACCACAAGCAAUUUUGAAUGGUAAUAGUGUGAUUAGUUCAUAUAAUGUCAACGGAACUCAUAUAUCUAAAUGUGAUGAAGGUUAUGAACUUCAUGGAUCUUCGCAAAGAGUUUGUCAAACAAACGGAAAAUGGAGUGGAACAGAACCGUAUUGUAAAAAAAAAGAUUGUGGACCACCGCCUCAAAUUCAAAAUGGUGAAGUAACAUUUACAACCACAACGUAUGGAAGUAAAGGAAAAGUAACAUGUGAAGCAGAUACAACGUUAUCAGCUGAAAAUGAUGAAGUUAUUUGUAGUGUAAACGACACCAAGGCUAUAUGGAAACCUCAACCAUUUCCACAGUGUUAUAAACAUUGCUAUCUAUUUACUGUUGAACAUGGAGAUGUCUACUUGAUAAAUAGUAAAAAUAAUGGUAAUAAACAAAUCAUAAAAAUCACCACAGAAGAAUUUGGUAUAGGAGAAAAUACACAAAUACACCUAACAAAUGCUAUCUCUAAUCAAAUCAUUUUACCUGGUGGACGAGUUAGACAUGGAUCAGAAUUGAAUGUAACAUGUCAAGUAGGUUAUGCAUUGAUUAAAUCAAAUCAACCAAUUACCAUUUGUCAAAAUGGAGUUUGGAGUGUUCGAAGUAAAUGUAUUCCUGCUCCGUGCAGAAGACAACCACCAAAUUAUCCUGGUGCCAGGGUGAGAUUUUAUAGUCUGAAACAUAACUCCUUAGCAAGAUAUGAACCAUUUCCUGGCUAUAUGUUGGUUGAUAGUCCUGAGAAUCUACAUCAAUUAAACAAAGCGAAUACCCAUGAAGAUCUCAAAGGAACUUUACGCUGCUUAAAUGGUGAAUGGAUUGGAGCUCCGUUGAAAUUCGAACCAAUGAACUGUCCGAUUAUAGAUGUAACUGAACCAUUAAAAGCGAAUAUUUCAACUGAUGGAAUGUUAUUUGAUCUCCAUAAUUCAAAUGUAAUCCCAAAACAAGAAACAAUGAUAAUAUUCUCCUGUUCGAAAGAAUAUUAUCUAGAUGGUCCUAAGUACGUAAUAUGUCAUCUUGGUCAUUGGACACCGAAACCAACCACUUCAUGCAAAAAAGUACCUCCAAUGUCAAGCAUACAACAAUGGUUGUUCAAUCCAGGAUAACAUUUGUGGAUAUUUGAUGAAAAUUCUUAUGUAUUUACAUUUAAUUUUAUUGUUUCGUUUAUAUUUAGCUAAAAGUAUUAUGUUAACGUCUUCAUUCAA